AAAAAACAUUUAUUCAUCAUUGGAUGAAGCCGAGCCACUAUAAUAGCUGAAUCCAAAAUCUGAACACUAAACUCAACAUUCCCGCGUCUUUGUUUAAAACCUACUUACCCAAAUCUCUCUCCAAAAUCAUCUUCUUCUUCACUUCACUUUCGUUCCUUUCUCAAAAUUCAGUGGAAGAAAUUGCGCUACCAGAGAGUAUAAUUUAACCAAAUCGAAGAACAAAAUGUCAAAGACAAAGUCAUUUCAAGGCGUAAACGUCUUCAUGUCGCGAAACCUAGUUCCGCCGGAAGUCUUCGAUACGCUUCACGACGCCGUUAAACAUAACGGCGCUCAAAUUCAACUUUGUUGUGAUCCUUCCCGUAAUGGUCCCAACGAUUAUCAUAUCAUUUCCUGCAGCAAACACGAGAAAUUUCAAGAUCUUAAAUCAAAGGGAUGUAAAAUGCUCGGUCCUAGAUGUGUUCUUUUGUGUGCUAAAGAACGAAAGCCUCUGCCUAAACAAGGCUUCACUUGUUGCUUUGCUAUGGAUGGUGUCAAAAUACUUGCCUCUGGUUUUGAUGCGGAUGAGAAGGUUAAGAUAGAAGAAUUAGUGACUGAAAUGGGGGGAGCUCUGCAUACUAAACCGUCGUCAGAUUUGAACUUUGUCAUCGUGAAAAAUGUUUUGGCUCUAAAGUACAAGUGGGCUUUGAAUGUCCUGAAGAAACCAAUUGUUACUUAUGAAUGGUUAAAGCAAUGCUCAGAUGAGCAUCGCGUUGUUCCUCAAGAGUCAUAUAAGGUUCUUCCUUUCUCUGGGUUAAAGAUCUGUGUGACUGGAAUCUCAGCAGAUAAGCGCAAAGAAAUGGAAAAGCUUAUUUUACAAAAUGGUGGAAAAUACUCUGCGGAACUGACAAAGAACUGCACACAUUUGAUUUGUGAUGCUCCUGAAGGUGAUAAGUAUAAGGUGGCGAAACGUUGGGGCCACAUUCAUAUUGUAACAAUAAAAUGGUUUGAUCAAUCUAUUGCUCGAAGAGCAUGUCUGAAUGAGGAGUCCUACCCUGUUCAGAGUGGAUCUUUAUCUUCACGUAAGGUGACCAGACACUUAACAGUGCAACAUAGCCAGGAAAAGGAUAUCGGGAAAAUGCAGUCUGGCUCAUUCGCAAGAGCUGCAGAUUCAAAUAUGCUAGUUUCUAAUUGCGCCGAGUCUAUGGAUAUAGAUUCAGAAGCUACACAGUCACAACAUACAUCGUUUGUUUCAAAUGUUUCAUUAUUUGUUAAAGAGGCAGAUGCUGAAGCACCUCCAUUACAGACCAGCAAUGGAUUGAAUUUUGAUGGUGCUGUUGCCAAUGAUUCGGAAUCUGAUGACAAUGACCUGUAUUUAGCAGAGUGCAGAAUAUCACUUGUUGGUUUUGAAGCUUCUGAAAUGCGGAAGCUAGUUAAUUUGGUGCGUAAAGGCGGAGGCUCUCGAUACAUGUCUUUGAAUGAUAAGUUGACACAUAUAGUAAUUGGGAAUCCUACAGAAAUGGAAAAGAAGGAUGUAAGGAGUAUUGCUGCUCUAGGUGUCGUUUAUGUUGUUAAAACCUCAUGGCUUGAAGAUUGUGACCGUCAAAAGAAACAAGUCCCUGUUCUUCGACGACACAUUGCAUGUGAUCUUGUUCUUCCAAAAGCUAACAUAGUAAAAGGAGUGGUUAGUGGCAUUGUGCCUAUGGAUCAAAGUAAAAGCUCAAGCUUUCGCCAAAGCUUCCAGACUGAUCAGGGGGUGGGUAUUAAGGACUUUGGAGUUACAAUGCCAGAAUCUUUGGAGAAAAACAAACAAGAGAAACACAAUAUGGGUAUGAAUGUUGUCACAUUUGGUAAAGCAUCGGGUAGAACUAUGUCGCAAACUCAAGUUCCUGAUAAAAAGUUGAGGUUACAAAAGAUUACGCAACAUGGCUCCAAUGUGCAUGUGAAGUCAACAAAUGUUUUCAAAGGGAAAACAUUUUGUUUCUCAAAUUUACUUCCUGAAGAAAGGAGAGGUGAGAUUGUUCAAUGGAUACACCAAGGGGGAGGAGAGAUAAUAAGUGGGCAAACAAAACAGAGUAUCCACUAUACUAUUGAAUGCCAUGGUGUAAAACCUUCGAUAGGUGAUUAUGGAAGUACCUAUAUUUCCAGUCACUGGAUACGAUCUUGUUUGGAGGAUGGAUCAUUGCUGGAUGUUGAUAGUCAUAUUCUUUAUUCUCCACUUCCCUGCCGCGUUCCUUUGCCUGGUUUUGAAAGCCUCCGGUUUUGUGUUUCACAAUAUGACGAGAAAGACAGAAUUCUACUUUGGAACUUGUGUAACGUUCUAGGAGCUAAAUUUGUGGAUAAACUGACUAAGAAGGUGACCCAUUUAUUGUGUAAAUUCGCCAAUGGACCCAAGUACGAGGCUUCUUGUAAGUGGGGGAUACGAACAGUUACAUCCGAGUGGAUAUUUGAAUGUGUCAAACAGAAUGGAGUUAUUGCCAUAGAUCAAUUUUUGCCCAAAGAAGUCACCACUCAAGACCGAGAGGCAGGAGUUUGCACAGUGAGUCAAUUUCCUACCCAGGCUGUUCGAAUGAUAAAUGACAUGCCGUCCCAGUUUCCAAGUCAAUCACGAAGUUUGAGAAACACGGAAAAUCAAAAUGUAGAUAGUGGAGUUGACAAUCAUGGGACUCGUUCUAAAAUAUCAAGCGUUAAUAGUAAAAAGGCAAGGCUCAUGGAAGAACCUGGCCUGUAUAAUAAGGUACCUUCUACAGUAAAUCCAGGUAUUCAUGUCUCUGACUUGAAUUUGUCUAAAGACAAUAUGCUCAAAGAUGCUCUGGAGGCAACCCAUGCUGUUCCUGAUGUUGCUGCUGCAAUUGAGGACUUGUUAGAGCAGACAAGCAAGGUGCAUGAUCAGAGGUCCCCAGGGAAUACAGGGUGUGAGAGAAGUAUUUACCCAUCUGAUUGUUCAGUCGUUCGUGAAGACAAUCCAAAUCCUCAUACUGUCUUCGGAUUAUCGAAGCACUGGCUGAAUAGAAACGGAAGAAAUGAUAAUGAUAAUAGUGAGACUCCUCAAGACCGAAGACCAGGAAUGUAUGAUGCUUUUAGUGAAACACAAACAGAAUCUCAGGUUGUUAGUUAUGAAGAAGACUUGUCUGGAAGGCAAAUGCUUAUAGGAGUUCUAACUCGAAGUAGCAUGCAGUGAAAUACAACCCUCCUCGAAGGAAGAUAUGAGUAGAGCACUUUCCUGAUUUGAUGGUCUGAUGGUAAUAUUUGACCAUACAAGCCAAUGCACAAGAAUAUGUUGUCUUUCAUGAUCAGCAUAUGAUAAAAAUAUACUCACUCAACCUUUGCCAGCUAAUAGAGGAAACUUAAGUAGCAGGGGUGUUUGAAUUGAUUCUUUAUAAAUAGCAAGUGGACAUAAGACUCGGCCAAGUGAAAACAAUGUGGUCAUUUAUUAAUCACGUCUCCUUUGUACAAUUUUAACAGAUUGUCAAGUAAAUUGCAGAGUAGCUCUCUUUGUUGUUAUUUAGUGUAAGGCGCGAAAGAAAAAAAGAAAAAACGGCAAAGUUGUUUGGAGGAGCAAUUUCUAUUGGCAUGCCUUCUGAUUGGAUAAGCAGGAUGGUUUUGGCAAAUCGAAAAUCACAUUGCAUUUGUGCACUGAUACAUACAAUGGCUCUCAGCAGUCAGUGUUUGGGUAGAAGCCUAGAAAUAGUGUCCCAAAGUGGGUGUUGAGAUUUAUUUGAUUUUUAACGGAUACUAAUUUUAAUUUGUUUAGCUUUGAUCUAUAAGUUAAAUGUAAGAUAUGUUGCCCUUAUGUUGUGCUUAAUACAUGGAAAUUCCAUGAUGGAAUGAUAGCAAAUAUCAAAUUCUGAACAGAAAGAGUAUGAGAUGGGAAUAUUGCAAGCCA